CCGCUCGCUCCUGGUCCGGAGGUGGGUGGGAGGGGAGGCCCGAGGCCAUGGAGGUGGCCACGGACCAGCCUCGCUGGAUGGCCCACCACGCCGUGCUCAACGGGCAGCACCCGGAGAGCCACCAUCCCGGACUGGCUCACAACUACAUGGAACCAGCGCAGCUCCUACCUCCGGACGAAGUCGAUGUCUUCUUCAACCACCUGGACUCCCAGGGCAACCCCUACUACGCCAAUUCUGCCCAUGCCCGGGCCAGGGUCUCCUCCAGCCAGGCACACGCCCGCCUGACCGGGAGUCAAAUGUGCCGGCCUCAUCUAAUCCACAGCCCCGGGAUCCCUUGGCUGGACAGCAGCAAGGCGGCACUGUCUGCCCAUCACCACAACCCCUGGACCGUCAACCCCUUCACCAAGACACCCCUGCACCCCUCGGCAGCCGGAGCCCCCGGGGCCAUCUCUGUGUACCCGGGCAGCAGCACGUCCAGCACCGCCUCCGUCUCUUCGCUCACCCCGGCCUCGCACUCCGGCUCCCACCUCUUUGGCUUCCCCCCGACCCCUCCCAAGGAAGUGUCCCCGGACCCCAACUCCACCAGCGCUGCCUCCCCUUCAUCCUCCGCCGGGGCCCGGCAGGAGGACAAAGACAGCAUCAAGUACCAAGUGUCGCUGUCGGAGGGGAUGAAGAUGGAGAGCGCCAGCCCGCUCAGAAGCAGCCUCACCAGCAUGGGGGCCCAUAAACCGCCCCCCAACCCCGACUACACCGGGGACUCGGCAGCGAUAGAAGGCAGAGAGUGUGUGAACUGUGGAGCAACUGCUACCCCUCUCUGGAGAAGAGACGGCACCGGGCAUUACCUGUGUAACGCCUGCGGGCUCUACCACAAAAUGAAUGGUCAAAACCGACCUCUCAUUAAACCUAAACGAAGGCUGACGACCACCACAACCUUAUGGCGACGUAAUGCAAACGGGGACCCGGUUUGUAAUGCCUGCGGACUCUACUAUAAAUUGCACAAUGUGAACAGGCCUCUGACCAUGAAAAAGGAAGGAAUUCAGACCAGGAAUAGGAAAAUGUCCAACAAAUCAAAGAAAAGCAAGAAAGGCUCUGAGUGUUUUGAGGAACUGUCCAAGUGCAUGCAGGAGAAAUCGUCUCCCUUCAGUGCUGCUGCCCUUGCUAGUCACAUGGCGCCCAUGGGGCAUUUGCCACCUUUCAGCCACUCUGGACACAUCCUACCAACACCUACCCCCAUCCACCCAUCUUCCAGCAUCUCAUUUGGACAUCCACACCCAUCCAGCAUGGUUACAGCCAUGGGAUAAAACCCGAUGACCGAGAGACCCAGCCAGAAAUUAAGAACAUGGGGCUUUGCCUAAGAUGACACCAAGUAAGAAAAUGUUCUGCCAAGAGGAGAAUGUAGGGAUGGCAAAAGGAGAUCUUUGCUCCCAUGUGGUUUAACUCUUAAUGCUGGACUAAAACCUUGCAAACGAUGGGUCUUCUGCAGAAACGCGUAGUGGUGCCUGUAAUGCACUUUGCCCCCUCAGGUAUAAGGAAAAAGAACUCACCUGUUCGAUACUUAAUGGUCCAGCAGGAUGCAAAAGGUGGCAGAAGCUGAAGGAAAAGGCUUGGAACUGGCUUUCCUUUUUCUCUUUGUUAUUACUGUGAAUAUUGUAAAGAGAUAUAAGCAGCCUCCCAGGAUGGAAUCGGCUUACUGGAAGCCAGACAUGCUGGAUUUCUAUCAUGGACUCUGUUUGGGAUGGGGAAAAAAAAUAAUAAAAGAAAAAAAAAUUAAAAAAGGACAUCUUUAUAAAAACGUAAUUUUUAAAAUGAAAUCAGACACAAAGUCAUAUUUAUUUUGCUCUUGUUUUCC